CGCCAGGUACUUGUGGAAGGAGGAAGCCGGCGGCCGUCACCGACCUGGAGCUGAGGGGCCGGGCGCUGCCGCGGGGAACUUUGUGCAUGUGAAAAUUGUGCCUAUUUCUUCAGGUCUGUGGACGUGAGUUUUACAUUGGAGUUAGAGGGCAGCAUUUUUGACACACUUUGCAGAGUGGUGUGGUCCUGACAAGCUUCUUCUGGUGUCAAUAACAGACCUUUUACCAUGAGCAAUUCUACUCCAACUACAGAUAAUGAGAAGAAGAAGAGUAAAGGAAACAAAUCGCCAUGUUCCCCUUCGCGUGUCCUUCAUAUUCGUCAAAUUCCAAGUGGUGUUACUGGAGCAGAAGUUGUUUCAUUAGGUCUCCCUUUUGGCAAAGUAACCAAUCUCUUGAUGCUACGAGGAAAAGGACAGGCAUUUUUGGAAAUGGCUUCUGUAGAUGCUGCUGUUUCUAUGGUGAACUACUACACUCCUGCCCCACCUCAUCUCCACAAUCAGCCAGUUUAUAUUCAGUAUUCCAAUUACAAGGAACUUCGGACUAACAAUCAACAUCAUCAGGCUAGAUCUCAAGCUGCAUUGCAAGGUGUGAAUGCUGUGCAGCAUGGAAACCUGGGUAUCACAAGUGCUCUUGCUGCUGAAGGUGGGGUCCUUCCGAGUCAUGGUUCUGUUCUUCGAAUCGUUGUUGAAAAUGUUUUUUACCCUGUCACUUUAGACAUCCUGUAUCAGAUUUUCUCUAAAUUUGGCUUUGUCUUGAAGAUUGUCAUGUUCCAUAAGAACAAUCAAUUUCAAGUUCUGCUCCAAUUUGCUGAUGCAACGAAUGCAUAUCAUGCCAAAAUGUCUCUGGAUGGCCAUAGUAUCUACAGUGGGUGCUGCACUCUGCGUAUUGAUUUCUCCAAGUUAACCAACCUAACAGUGAAGUACAACAAUGACAAAAGUAGAGAUUUCACUCGUAUUGACCUUCCUUUUGGUGAUGGCCAACGAACCAUAGAAACGUCCUUAUCUACUCCCUUUGCCACCCAAAAUACCGUCUUUCCAUCAUAUACAGGACCUCCUGGGUUUGCCCCAGCCUUAGGCUUUCCUCAGGGAGCAGGUCCUUCUGUUCUGCCUGUUCCUGGAGCACUUGGUCCUCUCACGGUCACCACAUCAGCAGCACCUGGACACAUGAAUGUUCCUGGUGUUCCAGGAAACUCUGUUUUACUAGUCAGCAACCUCAACCCUGAAGCCAUCACACCUUAUGGACUUUUCAUCCUAUUUGGUGUGUAUGGUGAUGUGCAUCGUGUGAAGAUCAUGUUUAAGAAAAGAGGAAUUGCUUUGGUUCAGAUGGCAGAUGCAAGCCAGGCUCAAUUAGCUAUCACCUACUUGAAUGGACAGAGGCUUUAUGGAAGGGUCAUGCAUGCUACUCUUUCAAAAUAUCAGACAAUUCAACUUCCUCGUGAGGGACAAGAGGACAAAGGUCUGACAAAGGACUAUAGCAACAGCCCUUUACAUCGCUUUAAGAAUCCCUGCUCUAAGAACUUCCAAAAUAUCUUUCCUCCAUCUGCCACCCUGCAUCUCUCCAACAUCCCGACUUCUGUCACUGUUGAUGACUUGAAGAACCUUUUUACAAGUAAAGGAUCUACUGUGAAAGGCUUCAAAUUUUUCCAGAACGAUUGCAAAAUGGCUCUUAUCCAGCUGGGCUCUGUGGAAGAAGCAGUUCAUGCUCUCAUUGAGCUUCACAAUCAUGACUUUGGAGAAAACCAACAUCUCAAAGUUUCCUUCUCAAAAUCUUCAAUCUGAAUUUUCUGUGAAUUUUCCCUUUAAGGCUGCAUAACAGUUUUAGUAAAAUCUUCAAGUAGAGACUGAGGCAGCUGUGACUGCUCUGUCUCUUCAAAGAAAAACCUUAUUCAUACAUAAAGAAUUAAGUGAUGAUUUUUUCUGAUUUUAGCUGCAAGUAUGUCAUCCAUAGAAAGAGUAUUCUAUGAAAUAGUUCUAGCAACAAUAUUUAUCAUCAAAUUUCCUACUUAUAAUUUUAUUUUGAGAACAUCCUUUCAGCUUUUGUUGAAAUCAGCCCUACAAAACAAUUUAGUGCUUUCACAAUGUUCCAAAUGAGUAUGUUUAAUGAAAAGGUAAAUCUACUCUGUGCAGAUUAAACACUAAUUUGAAUGUGAAAUAGUGCUUGGGUUUCUUGAAGAAAAACAAACUGUAACUGUGAGUAUCCUCUAAAUAGUAUUUAUGUUACCAGGGUGUGUGUUCAUACUUUGGCGAAUCUUUACAAAUAACUUGUUUAUAAAAAUAAAAAGUCUGUGCUGUUCUUAUAGAUUAAGUUAUUAGAGAAAAGGCAGUGCCUUCUCUCUGGGGAGUAAAAGGUAUUUGACAAGUUUCUUCAAGGUGUGGUAUUGGAGAAUUAGUUUGACUUGACUGUUGGUUGGAAGUCUGAUGUCCUAUUUCUACUAUGAAGGGAUGUGUAGCAGUACCUUGGAGAAAAUAAAACAAGAAAAUGGUCUUGAUUUAAAAUAAUUUUUUACAUUUCUCUAAUUAAUUAAAUGUUUGCAAUCUUAUGGAAAAUAUUCAGGUCUAUGAUGGUUUCUCAAGUUUUUAAGAAGUUAUUUUGCUAAGGUCAUCUUUCAGGGCAGAAAAAUUAAAUCUCAAGGUUUUUUACCACUCUUAAGUCUAAUACUUAAAUUACUUGUAUUUACCUAAUUUUUUAUUAUGUGCCUUACUAUGUGUGUAUGAAACAAUAGAUUAGAGUGUUAUCUGAAGUAUCUUGCAAAAUUAUUGUGGGCUUUGUGAAAAUUCUUCUCUUGGUCUUUUGAAAAUCUUUCCCAUGAUACUUCAAGAUAUAUUUUUUCAUUAAUUAAUACUUUGAAUUCUAGUUUCUUGUGCUUUCUUACUGAGAUUUGCUAUAGAUGGGAACGAGAUUUAAUUUGUUGUGGAAUCACAUAGAGAUUCUUUAAACUUACCUAGUUGCACUUCUCUGCUUGUAGUUCUUCACUGAUAAAAAAAUUCAUACCCAGAAAAAAUAUACUAAAAAAACAAACAAACCUAUAUAGGAAGGUGAAACAGCAAAUCCAGUUAAUUUUCUGGAGUUCAUCUGACUUUGAGAGACACUGGCUGUAUCAGAAUAUUCUCUUGGGUUUCUGCAUUUCUUUAUUUUUAAUACUUGAAAGUAUUAAAGUAAUAAAAUGCUAUCAUUCUUUCCUUUGUAAGUAUGAAAAAAAUGUUUGAUACUGAAUCUUCAUCUCUCUUUGGGGAAUGAGCUGAGAUGCAGUUGGGUUUUGCCAUGAGUGUACAGAUGAAUACUAAUGACUUCUGAUCAUAUUUUAAAAAGCUGAAUUUAAUUUUAAGCUUUUUUUUCCCUAGUGUUUUUUUGCACAUAAAUUAAUUGAAAAUUAAUUUAAUUUUUCUUUACCACAUUUUGAAGAUCGAUUUCUUUCAAGCAUGGAAUAUCUUUACUUCUAACUAUUGCAGAAUUUGUUUCUGCUGUAAUGUUUUGCCACUCAUAACUGUUUUUGUUCAUCUAAAUUGUAUGAUUUUCUUUCUAGAAGAAAGAGUAUGUUUGUACCAUGAUCUAAGUAUUCACUAGUGAACUUUCUCAAAUUUUCCCUCUGAAUUGUUUUUGCAAAAAUCAGUCUAAUAGUAGCUUGCCAGAUACUAUCUUGAUGUACGUAAAUUGGUUACAGGUGUAGUGUCAAGGAAAAUUCCCAAUCCGACCAUCCAGGAGCCACUCUGGUGGUCACUCUUGCACCACCUGAGUUGGGGCUGAGGUGCCUUCCCAGCUACAGCCCCUACAUUCCCACUGUCAGAGCAGGUUUCCUCACUGGGUGGACCCCAGUUUCCUAUAGCAGAGUCUCAGUCUCCUGAUCCUUAAAAUAAUUUCAUCACAGUGCAGUAACAAAACAACAGCUCGAGCUGGUCCCUCUCAGGAGGGACCUGGAACAAAGGAACCCCUGGGCUUUUAUCCCCUCACCAGUCUAGGCAGGGGAAGGUCUGGGGCCAUCGGCUCCU